CACCCACACCCCCCCCGAAAGACGCCUUCCGAUCUUUCUGGAGACGAGUAAUUUCGACCAUCUAUUGCCCUUCCUCUCCCCGCCGGCAUCACGUCUCCUCCCGCGGCUACCACAGCAAGCAGCAGCAGCACCAGUAAACGGGCAAGCAGGCGCCUCUCCCAGAGCUCUUCACCGACGACGGGAGGUGGUGGACGUGUCAAAAAGGCCAAUCGCUUCUCGAGCUACAGAAACACGAUGGCUUUCCUCUUUGGCAAGAAAAAGGGGAAUCAUCGUGAUGGACCUCCCUCCACUGGGGGAGGAGGACCUACCUCAGCCGCUGUCACCACUCCUCCGAGCUCCAUGAACACCUCCCUCAACAGCCUCGGUGGCGGCGACGGGGGCUCACCGAAUACGCGGCCUAUGGCUCCGCCGCAGCAGCAGCAACAGCAACAGCAGCAACCGCGACCACAGCAGCCGCACGGGCCCCAUCACGCCCAAAGUGCGGAAGGGACACCUCCUGGUUCAGCUCAAGGGCGAAUAUUACAGAAGCAGCAAUCGCCUCAGGGACCACCACAGCCAUCGCAAGGCAAUUCGUCCCUCUACCCGUGGUCGCAACGACGCCUUACGCUGAACUCGUCGCAUCCAUCGCCCUUUCCGCGCUACGGCCAUGCCGCCAAUGCGGUCUCGAGCAAGGAUGGAGACAUCUACAUCAUGGGGGGUUUGAUCAGGUCGCAGAACGUGCGCGGGGACCUGUGGAUGAUUGAGGGCGAGAGCGAACGACUGGAGUCGUAUCCUGUGAUGACUACCAGCGAGGGUCCCGGCCCCAGAGUAGGGCACGCAAGCUUGCUGGUCGGCAAUGCGUUCAUUGUUUUUGGCGGUGAUACCAAGCUGGACGAGAGAGACGUCCUGGAUGAGACUUUAUAUCUUCUCAACACAUCUACACGACAAUGGUCGCGUGCUAGUCCGCAUGGGCGGCCGUCCGGGCGCUACGGCCAUACCCUGAACAUCCUAGGCUCCAAGUUGUACAUAUUUGGUGGUCAGGUCGAUACAGUUUUUUUCAACGAUCUCGUGGCGUUUGAUCUCAACACGCUUCAGCAUGUCGGUUCGAAGUGGGAUGUUCUUGUACCAGCUGUGGAGGGUAGCACCGAUGUGCCGGCGAGUAGGACAAACCACACCAUGGUGACAUGGAACGACAAGCUCUUCCUAUUCGGUGGAACGAACGGACUCGAGUGGUUCAACGACGUGUGGUCCUACGAUCCACGGACCAACCAAUGGACCCAGCUGGAUUGCAUCGGUUUCAUUCCAUCGCCUCGGGAAGGCCAUGCGGCGUCACUGGUUGGUGAUGUGAUGUACAUCUUUGGUGGACGAUCAUCCGAAGGAACGGAUCUGGGCGAUCUGGCUGCGUUCCGGAUAUCGUCACGAAGGUGGUACACAUUCCAAAACAUGGGCCCCUCACCUUCACCGCGAUCAGGUCACACGAUGUCUACCGUCGGAGCCAAGAUCGUUGUGCUCGGAGGAGAACCCAGUGUUCCGGCGCGGUCACAAGAGGAGCUGCAGCUUGUCUACGUGUUGGAUACCGCGAAAAUUCGGUAUCCUACCGACAAUCCCGCCCAGCCCUCGCCGACGGAUCGCAACAGAGUGGUGGGGCCACAGCAACAACAGAGGGGACAAGGACCUUCGGCGCUGGGCUCGAGGAAUGGCUCCGUUGAUGGACCGUUGAAUGGUCCCGGACGGCAACCGCAGGGACCACCGGGGCCGCAGAAGCCGGUUCCCCGGGAGAGUCUGAUGGGGUCGUCACCGCCUUCCGGUGGAAUCGGCCCACAACAAGGCAACAAUCAAGGCAACAAUCAAGGUAACAAUCAAGCCAAUAACAAUAACAAUAACGCUUCCAUUGGACCUGGGGGAUCGCGGCUACCCCGCGCGUCGUUAGGAACCCAACCCCCGGGCCCACCACCGAUACAACAGGCGCCUGCUCCCCGGGCGAAUGGAGCCCCACCCGGCGGUCCAGGUCCGAUCAAUAAGACGAAUGCUGGCCCGGUCGCGAGGGGCAAAGAGAAUGUUUCUCCUGUCCAGGACAACUCGCCUGCAGCUGCGAAUGGAAAGCGUGCACCUACGACGCAGAAGAGGGAUACAAGAGAAGGGCCGCGGUCGGGAUCCCGGCAGCACCAGCACCAGCAACAACAGAGCAUUGACAGUUUGAAUGGCCCAAUAUUUGAAGAGCCGGAACCGAUAUCACCUCAGCCACAGCAGCAGCAAGCCCCACAGAGACCCUCCAUUGAUGUUCGUGCGCCUUCCGAUCAGCCAACCAUCCCAGACUCUCUUAGCCCAGUCGGAUCGCAACAGCCUCUCCCGAGUUUCGGUGGCUUAGUGGCCGACAAGAAUCCUGGCCUUGAGUCUGAGGAGUUCGAGAAGUUGAGGAGUGUUAACGACUGGUAUGCGUCCGAGCUCGCACUUGCGCGACGGGCUGGCUACACACCGCAGACCAACCACAGUGCGCUGCUCGAAGACCGUGGAAGGGACUUACUCGCCGAUGACGACCGGCCUUUCGUGGAAGCUAUGCUUGCGCUAAAGGGUGAGCUUGUCAAAGUCCAAACACAGCUCGACGUUCAGUCCACCGAGGCGGCCAAGCGCAUGCAGGAUAUCGAGCGGCAACGAGACGUCGCCUUCCAGGAGGCUGUCUACGCGAAGGCGAAGCUCGCAGCGCUGGGCGGUCCCGUAUCUCCCAUUCCCGGCGACAAAUCAUCCGACGCGGCUUCAAUGGACCAGGAGAAGAUGACGGACAUGAGCCGAAAACUUGCCGCAUCAUUGUCAGCGCAAGCCGACCUGAGCGCCAAAGUACAGGUGUUGACGCAGGAGGUUGCGGCAGAGAAGAAGGCGCGGUAUCUCGCCGACGAAAUGGCUUCUACUGCUCAGCGCAGGAUAGCGGAGCUGGACGAGUAUCGCAACCGCGCGGCGUCGGAGAUCGAAAACCUUCGUGCAGAACUGCUGGAUGCCGGAAAGGCCUACCGCGACGAGGCGGCGCUUGGCCAGGAGGCCGCCGCGGACGUAAAGCUCCUGCGGAUCGACCAGGCCGAACUGACCGAGCGUCUGACGGAGGUCCUGGCCGAGAACAGGAACUACCAGGGCUCCCUCGAACAACUCAGCAAAGCCAUGCAGAUCAACAACUCCAAGAGCAGCACGCUUGAACGGCAGCUCGAAGAGGAGCGGCAGACCAAGGAGGCGCUGGAGCGGAAACUGGCGCAGCUGCGAAGCGAAAACGAGGAGAAGUCGGCGGAUCUGCAGAGUGUUAACCAGCGGUUGAAGGACGUCGAGGAGAUGAUGGAGACGUAUGCCGAGGAGGCGAAGGCUGCAAAUGCGGUCAUGGCUGCCGGACUGGAUAAGGUCACCGCGCGGGAACCGCAGAAUAUGCUGACCAGCGCUGUCGAGGAGCGCGUGAUGGUCCUGCAAGAGCAGGUGGUCAAUACCCAGGCGCUCCUGUCGAAGAGUAAAUCGCAGGCGGAUGAGACCGGCGAGAAGCUGGCCGAGGCUAUGCAGCGUGUGGCGGGAUUGGAGUUCCAACAGGGACAGUCCAGUAAGGACUCCAUCGCGCUCCGGAGACGCAUGGCGGAGGUUAGCGAUGACGCUCGGCGACUGAAGCAGGAGAACGCGGAGAUGGUCAAUCAGCUCGGUCAAAAACAGCUCGAAGUCGAUGCCGUCUCUGCGAAGCACAAUGCCCUCAAGAAGAUCCUGCAAGAACGUGGUAGCCAGCCCAACCUUGACAAACGGCGAUCCCGCAACCUGCAGAACCCCAGUCCUGAGUCCGGCACCGCAACGCCGGAGCAGCUCAACCGUCUGCGCGAGCUCGAGGCACGGCUGGAGGAUAGUCUACGCGCCCACCGGGAAACGAAGAAUACGGCGGAGAUGCAGGCGCAGGAGGUCGAGAAGCACUUCCGGGAGAAGCUGGAACAGCUCGAGAAUGACUACCAGGCCGCCGUGCACUACGUCAAGGGCACCGAAAAGAUGCUCAAACGCAUGAAGGAGGAGCUGACGAAGUACAAGACGUCGAACGCGAGGCUGCAACAGGAGCUCGAUGAUGCGCGGCGCGGUGGCGCGGGUCUGCCGAAGCCGGAGAGGUCGGACAGCACUGAGUCGGAUUGGGAGCAGGAGCGCGAGCUGCUCAAUAAGGAGGUUGAGGACUUGCGCACGAAGGUCCGCGAAUCGGCCACGGCGCUGGAUAAGCAGAUCCGCGAGACUAAGGCGCAACUCGACAACCUGCGCGAGGAGCGAGAUCAUCUCAAGAAGCAGCACUCGGAGAUGCAAUCGCAAGUCACGGAGCUGUCUCACCAGCAAACCGUCGCCCAGUCGAUCCUCGAGCGUCUCGAGAACGAAAACGGGCUCCUCGAGAACCGCGCCCAAAGCGCCGAACAGAAGGUCUCGAUGCUCCUGGAUCAGGUCGAGAACUCGGUCGAUGCCUACCGUCGCAGCAUGCGGUUCGAGGGCCCCAACGGCGUCGUCCCCGAGUCCACACGGAGCAGCUACUAUGCCGGCCCCGACAACCGCACCAGCAUCGCGCUCGACUCGCUCGCGUCGGAACUCGACGCCCUGCGCAACCACUGGGAGAGCAACAAGACGUACCGCCUCAGCACCACCACGUUCGACUUUGAGAAGUCGCCCAGCACCCCGAUGCAGUCGGACUUCUCGAGUAACAUCACGCAGUGGAGACACAAGCUGGCGCAGGAAGAUGAGGUCGCGAGGAGCGCCAGUAAUAGUCGCCAGGGAAUGAAUGCUCCGAAUGCGCCAGAGGCCGCGAGAGAGUCGAGAGAGAAGAGCUCACCGCCCACGCAGGCGACCGUCGCUGCUGGUGGCGGGGUAAUAUAGAUCUUUUUUUCUUUCUUCUUUUCUGUAUUUCUUUUCUCUCACUGUGAUUUGAUGUUUUUAUACCAUUUUCUUUUUUUUUAUCCGUGUGCUUAUACUGUGCUGUGUCGUGUCGUCCCGUCGUCUGCUAGCUGUACCUUAUGUACUAUUGUAUUCCUUUCUUUCUUUCUCUCUUUCUUUC